CGUCAUUCAUCAAUAGGCUGCCAUUUUCUUCCCCUCUCUCACUCUGUCAAUGAUGUACUAUGUUGUUCUUACGAGAAUAUGUUUUAGAAAAUUGGUUGAAAUUUUUGUAACAGGUUUGACACAGAUCACUAGUGAAAUCAAUUUCACACUGUGAAUGCAUUUUUACUGAGAUCAGCAUAUUGUUGUAUAUUUGUCUCAUCAAAAUUUAGAGAAUUUCUCCUCCAGCAGAAAUUGAACUGUUUCAUUGACAGAACCCAAUGGCAGAUAGUGACAGGAGAUCUGCCAAACUUCACAAACAAUUAGAAGUUGAAGAUUAUGGGGAAGACGAUGAAGUAACUUCAAAAUCCUCUUGCUCAACAAGGGCAGUUAACAGUUCACCAGUUUGUGGCGGUAUGCCAACACCCACUGUUCAGUCAGCCAGUAGCUCUUCUGGAACUUCACCUGAUGAAUCAGAAAAAAAACAAGUUAUGCCUCCACCAAUAACUAGAAAGCAAACUCUUAUACGUACCCAAGCAUUAGAAGGAACAUCACCACCACCGGACACUUUUUUUAGCCAGAUCAAACCUAAUGGUGCUGUGACUGAUGGAUCAGUUUUACCUAAUGGAACUUCAGAGAAAAAUAAUAAGAAAAAGCUACAAUCACAGUCACAUGAGGCUAAAGAAUAUCUUUUGACCUCUCACAAAAUUUCCAAUGAUUCAGGUCAUGGAACACUUGAUAACAAUGAUGGUUCUAGUGAUACCUCUGUUUUAUCAAGAGAUUCUAGUCUAGAAAAUGCCUCCCAUGAUAUAUAUAAAGAUUCAUCAGGUGUCAAUAUACCAAAAUUUAUACGAGAUACAUUGUUGAAGGGACCAAAAGACAAGAAAACAGUCUUAGCUAUUGAGGCACAACUUUUAGAUUUUAUUAAAAGUGAUGACUCAUCACCUCUAAAAACAAGUGAGAUGACUUCCUAUGACCGCAUGAUUGUGCAUAGACUGUCUGCAUUUUUAGGACUAGAACACAAUGUAGAUGCAACUGGCAAAAGUGUUGUGGUAAACAAAACUGAAAGGACUCGGGCCGUGAAGUUAACAGACUUGAUUUUAGAGGAUGCCGGUGAGGAACCAAAGAAGAAAAUACUCCUUAAAAAGCCGGCAAGUUUGGAUGAAAAACAUAGCCGUCAUAACAGCAAGGCUGCUUUUGGUUCUCAUAGAGCUAAAUCAUUAGAGGAGAGACAGCAGAUAUAUUCAGAAGUAAGAGACCGCAUCUUCAAACAAGAUGAGAAUAUGCCAGAGGGUGGAAAUAACUCAUCUCACUUAACAGCAAAUUAUACACCCCAAAUAAGUCAACAACGAAGCUUAGAUAGCAUGAAAUCAUGUUCCAAGUGGACUAGUCAAGAAUCAAGUGGAUAUGGUAUGGAGAACAGCUAUAUACCAAGUGUACUUUUACGUGCCAAUCUGAGCAAAUCUCACAGUUAUGGUGGUAUCAUAUCAACUUCUCCACAGCACUUCACCAGCAUGCCACAUUCUGCUAGCUAUAAGGCUGAAUCACUGAAAAGCUCACCCAACACCCAUUAUGCUGGGACUACUUACACUUGCCAGAUGCCAUUAUUGUCCAAUGAGCAGUCCCAUUUAACGAGGUCAACACCAGAUUCAGGCCCAUCGCCACUAACACACACACAACAGUGCCCAUCUUACGCAUAUCUGGUCUCCUCUGACUACAGUAAUAUACCAUAUGGCAGCCUCAUUAUCAACCCACAUACAAUGCAACCACAUGUGAACUCUGAUGGCACAUUGUACAGAUUUGAUCCAAGUUGUCCACCACCAUUUAUGGUUCAAACUCAAUCACAACCACCACCCCCAACACCCCCUGUUGGGAACAUCAUUUAUCAACAAAGCAUGAGUUCUGAGACCAUGAAUGAAAUGACAGCAAGAUUUGCAGCUUCAUCCAUUAAUCCAGUUGAUGCUAGCCCUGAGACAUACAAUGUAGGGGUACAAGGCCAGCCAGUUCCCAUUGUGCCAACAAUUUUACCACACCCACAUGCUGUGUUCACACCAACACACCCUCCACAAUUUCAACAGGGUCAAUACUUUCCCUCGCCAUCCUCUGUUGCAAAUCAACAGUCAGUUAGGUAUGUGGCUUAUCCCAUACAUCCACAAGGUCAGCAGCAAAUUUUGCAAGCAACACCCGUUGAUGGACAAGGUCAAACAACUGUACCUAUGCCAGCAGUCAGUAUUCCUGCAAUUCCUGGACCAGGAAAUUACCAAGUAAUUGGAGCACCUUUUCCAAAUCCAGCUAUUGCACCAGGAGCUGCUCCGCAGUGUGUUGAUCUAAACUCUGCAUAUCAUUACUCAGCUAAUCAAGACACUGUAGUUGUCAGCACUGCUGGGGGUGUCAAUGCCUCACCAGUGACUGUUACAACACCUGCGGGACUCAUGCAAGCAUUUAAUAUAGCUUAUCCUGGUCAGCCACCACAAACUCACCAACACACUGUUGCUCAUAGCCACCAAAAUCACUUCAAUCCCAAUGCAGCGACACCAACAGGAACAACGUAUUAUGUGCCAGUCUCUACUCCAACACCAACAUCUUCACUGGCCCAGCCGCCACCCUCAUCUCAUCAGUUUCAGCAUCAUCAACAGCAUCCACAAACUGUGUUUUAUACGCCAUCAAAUAUGGCUAUAACCCCAUUAACUUAUCCUGUAACUGUAUCAAGUCCACAGCAGCCAACAUCGUCAACAUUCAAAAGUAUACCUACGCCAUAUUUAGCCAAUCAAUAUCGCUCAUCUACUCCACCUCAGCAGCAGCAGCAUCAUCAACAGCUUCAGCCAACAGCCUCCACAAAUGGCCAUCAUUCUGCACAAUUGACUUUGAACUAUAGUCAGCCUAUUAACUUUACUCCUGGUCCACCUCUACCCCAUCAGGGGCCACAGUUGGUCACAUUUCAGGCCAACCCUUAUCAAGUCAGACCUUUAGGAGCAGUGAUACAACUAGCUAGCAACCCCCCAUUGCAGGCUCAACAACAACAACAACAACAGAUGUCCUAUCAAUUGUUUCGACAAGCUGGAGCAAUUUCUGAUUUUAAAAUGAUGACCCAAGGUGCUAUACAUCGUCAAUCGUCAGUUACUAUAAACACUCAAAAUCAAUCUCGCCCCAAAGGCGCUAAUGCAAAUCGUCAAAACAAAAAGAGUCAAAGAAAAACAAGAGAAGUUGAAGAUUAUUCUGUCACAUCACAGCCAGUUGUAGCACAAAACAUGGGUCCCAUGAUGGCUCCACUUCUCCAAGGUUCUCAAACAUACCAGCAUAUGCCCUCCACAUCUUCUAACAGGCAGUAGUUGCAGCCUUGCAGUCCCAAAGAUCUGAAGAAUGAGAAAACACAGCAUCAUGACUUGACAUGAGGACAGAAUAUCAAACCUAUUUAGUCAUAAUACAAGAGAUGAGCAUUUAUUGGACAAUGAACAAAAUUUCUAUACUGUGUGUUGAGUUGUGUUUAUAGGUGAACCUAAAGAGGUGCCAUUUUUCCUUAAAAGCUUUGUAUCCUACAUAGAAAUUAUCUAAUCUAUUCACACUGUUGUAUUAACAUUUCCAUAGAAAAUCUACUCAAUUUGUUCUAACCACCUGCAUAGCUCAAAUUAUUAUCAAAUUAUUAUCUAAACAUGUAAAUUAAUCUUAUUUGAAAUUCAUAUUUAUUGAAUUCUUUAGUUCUCUUUCGCCUGAAUAACAAAUAUUUUUUUUUUAAAGCCGACGCAUACCUUGUUAACUGAGCACCACUGAUGAAAAUCAUACUGCCAGGAAUUUAGCUUUGACUUUGAUUUACUAAUCAUGAUGUUUUUCAACAUUUUUGAAACCACAAUAGAUGGGUGAAAUAAUUAGAUUGAUGUCUAUAGCAGAUCUUUUUAUUUGGGUCAAAUGGCAUCUCUGUUCUGUCUUUCACAUACAUAGUUAGUUUUUAAUGAGUUAACUAUGUAUAUUUUAGAUCACAUGUGGUCAAAACUUAAGUAAAAAACAUACAGGAGCCAGCAUGUAGCUAAAGAGGUUGUUACAUCAGUACAACUGGUUGAUUCACAAAACAUACCUGAUAUAUAAUGGUCUCUCCAUCCAAACCUUAAAGAAAAUCAAAUGCAUCACCCUGAAUUUUUAGCAUGAUUAUCUGAAACAUGGUUCUAGAUGUCAUAAUGGUAUAUAUAUGACAUAUAGGUAACCUUACAGGUGUUGAAUGUGAUACUAGUCACAAGGAAGUGAUGUAAACAAAGUGUAAUGGAAUAACAAACCAUAUCACAAAUAAGCAUACAAAACUAUUCCUGUUGUUGCAAAAAGUUUGCUCAGAUUCACUUUUCUACACAAAGUAUUCUUGUAUACAAAUAAUUACUUGCUAAACACUGAUUUGUAUUUAACUAUUUAGUAUAUUUUCCUUUACUUAAGAAAAUUGAUAGAUCUACAUUUUGAAGCAAAAUAGAAAAACAAAUUCUAAAGUAAGAUUAAUAUUGUUCACUCCAAAAGUUUUAUGUAUAUUUUUGGGAAAAAAUGUAUUUUUUAACAACUACCAUUUGAUGUUCAGGUUUUUAUUUUUGUGUGUAAUGAAACACUUGGUUGACUUUAUGGUUUAAAAAAGUUAAUUUUACCAAUUAUGGUAUUUUAAUUAUUUUAAAUGCAUAAUCAUUUAGUUAAAAAGUAAAACUAGUUUCUUAAUGUGUUUAUUUUAUGCCACUAGUUGUAAUGGUUGAACAAAAAGUUGUGUGCCUUUCAACACAUAUCUCUGUUACCAGCCAAUAGAAGUUGAUGGAGUGUAUGAUAGAGGAAUAAAUUGCAGUGGGUUUAGUUGUACACGUUUUGUUUAGUCUUGCUGAUUGAAGUGUUUUACUGUUUGACUAUGGUGUUUCUUGUCAAAUUAUUAUCAUAAGAGCAGUAUUUUGCAAUCUUCCAUUUAGAUUAAUAUUCAUUUGAAGAGGAAAAAGAUCAGAUGUAAUUGGUUAAUCCCUAUGUAAUGUGGAUUUGUUAUAUGAUUCUUCAUGUAUAGUGUUGAAAUCCUUUUUCAAAAUCCACAUUUUUUUUUAUAAAUCUUAAAAACUUGAAAAACAAUAUUUUCUUCCAUAUCUCUCAAAAUUAUCUGUCAAGCUAAUAAAAAAUACAUUGUCUUCCUAGCUAAAGUAGAUUGCUAAAUAGUAGUUAAACACUUCCAAAGAACAAUCUUUUUAUUACAAUAAUAACCAUUUGAGUACAUAAUUGAAUACAUAAUUUUUACUAUCAAAAUGUUGCUAAUGCAAAAGGCUGAUAACUUACAAGGAAGCAACCAGUUUGCUACAUCAAAAUGUCCAUGUUAACAAGAACCCGGUGUUAUACAGUUAAGUAAACCUCUCAGUAGAAUCAGCAUUAAAAUAUGAUUAUCACAUGCAUUUGAUAACGGUUCUUAGAUGGAAAUUGAAAAGAUAGAGCAUUGUUUUAUGCUAAACAUGUGUAGAGUGAUAUUUUGCAGAUUAUAUUAAUGUUAUUCCACAAGACACUUUUAGUUUCAUUUGGAAAACCAAAAUGCUGAAUUUAUGGUUAAGUUUAAGAUCAAUAUUCAAUUCACAAGAAUGAAUAAAAUGUGUUUACAAACCACUUCUGGUCAAUAGUUAAAGGUCAUCUAUUUAAGAUUUAGGUGUGGUUUAUUGUUAUGAACAAUCUGCUGCCUACACUAAGUCCAAUAUUUAAGUGGUUUGAUUCUUUAGUUGUCAGUUAAUAGAAACAUUUGUCAGAUUUGUGAUUUGUUGUCAUGAUACGUUUUUAAGUUCAAAUCUUUGUCAAAACAAUUUAAACUUGUUUUAUUGGUCAUGAUUUAAAAAAGAGAACAAGAAACUUAGUUUUUUAAAAUUCCUAACUCUUUAACUAGUGCUAAAUUAAAAAAAAACCACUUACACUAUAAUAAGUUAAAUGAGUUAAUUUAUUUUAGCAAAAGAUAUAUGAAAACUUAAAACUUGUAACUGCACCUAGUAGGAACCAUCGUGUUAAAUACAAUUACAGAAACUGUUCAAACUAGGAUAGUCUUGUUAAAAUGUUCCAUGACUUUCCCCCCAUAUAAAUAGUUUUGGUUGUAAAAGUUGUAGUACCUGGCUAUUGAGUUAAAACCAAAUUUGUCAAAUCCAUGAUUGGCAGCUAACUCAUUGAAAACUUCAACUGUAUGUGAUACUUUGAGAUGAUUUGUCAUCAGUGGCUUGACAGGACUUGUACAAUCAUCUGAAAACCCUGUUGUAGCCUAAUACAUCUAAAGGAUUUAUAAUAGUCCUAUCAAAGUGUUUUAGGGUGAAACAUGAGAAUGAAAGCUCCGUGCCAUAACUUUACUGUUGUAUCAGUGUGCCACAAAGAUAUCAUUUACACAACAGAUUCAUGCUAUGUCAGUCAUGAGACAAAGGGCUGGAUCACUGGUUACCUUGUUUUUUGUUUUGAUUACAUUUUUAGUUAGUGUUCAAAUGAAUGGAGGAGAAAAAUAAGCACUUAGAAACUGAGUUGCUCUUUGUAGAGCUAGAUUAAUGUAUAACUUACCAAAUCUAUUUUAGCACAAUGUCAAAAAGUAGUAUCUUCAUAUGUUAGUUUGGAUUGAUUAAAAUUUUGUUUAAUUAAAUGCCUUUAUGUACAUCUCUAACUUAAUUUUAUUUGUCAAAUUGUGCUAACAUUUGUGAGCCUAAUAAAAGCAUGUGUUGUAGUGAGGAUUGACUUGGUUAACUGUUGUCCACCCAGAACCUACUGGUGCAAUGAUGGGUACAGUAGUCUGUACAGUCAAGGUUAGGCUUGGCUGCUAACACAACAGCUGUGAAGCUUUUGUGUGCAUGAGGUACCGCUAUGUAAUAGUAGUCAGCAUGGACAUUUGUUGGUCUGUUGUUAUUGAUAUCUUAAUGCUAGAGUUGUGUUUAUACAUUUUUUAAAUACUUUGUUGUGGAGAAAUUAUAUGAUGGUAAAAGAAAUGUUUUGUAAGUUUGCUGAGUUUGCUGGUGUGUUUUGCCUAAUGACAGUGGAUAACGUUUUUAGUGUGAAGAUAAUUUCUUGAUUCCUGUGUGCUGCUUCAAAUUUUUGCUAAUAAUUUCCUUUUUUUUUUUGUACUUUAUUGUUGAGCUCACUUUAAGACAUCUGUUAUUUGGUUUAGACUAUUAUUGAAGUGUAAUUUUAUUUUGAUUCACGUAUUGUUUUAGCUCAUAAUAUCAAAACACAUAAUGUUUAUUUUUACAAACAUAUUUGAAAAGUUUUAGCUUGUUAAAAUCUUUUUAAAAAAAACAAACAAAAUACCACAAUUCAGGGAGUCAGGUGAAUGUGAACUGCAUAAUAAAUGGAUUAAAUGUAGAAACAGUUAUAUAGCUUACUGUUCUGUAUUACUGAAAGAAAAAUCUUUUUGUUCUGAUUGAAACCAAAGAUGUUGAUGUGCAGAUUGGAUUCUGAAAUAUUCCAUUGGGUACAGUUUGUGUAUACUUGAUGUUUACAUGUGCAGAGGAAUUUCUUAACUUGCCCUUUGAGUUUGUUGCUUUAGUUCUACAAACUUUUUAAAAUCUAAUGAAUGAUAGCUUGAAAGGAACUGGUCUAUUUUUAUUUUUUGCUUUAUAUUUUUUUUUAUUUAGGAAAAGUGAAUCCACAUCAGGAAUCUGUUGUUAACUUUUAAAGUUUCUUUAAGAUCUGCGCACGUUUUUGAUGCAUUAUUUCCUUAUUCUUUUAUAGAUUUUAAUUUUUAUAUUCACAUGUUAUUGAUAAUUGCACCAGUCAAAUAAUUCAAAUUAAUGUAUGUAAAUUUAGUUGUGUUGAAGCUCCUAUGCCCCCACUGCCCCCAUCCCUUACUAUGUGUCCAGGUACUUGUAAUUAAUACAGAUGAAAAAUAAAACCAAGUUCCCAA